UGCUUCCAGAAACAAGUGUGCGACGACAUCGGGCGGCGGCUGACAGUGCUGGGGGAUACCUGGGCUCAGGGGAAGCUGUCAGCCCCAGUGAGGAAGAGGAUGAGCCUCCUGGUGCAAGAGCUCCAGCAACAGCACUGGGAUGCAGCUGAUGAGAUCCAUCGCUCGCUGAUGGUGGACCAUGUGAAUGAGGUGAGCCAGUGGCUGGUGGGCGUCAAGCGCCUGAUCGCCGAGAUGAGGAUGCUCGCUGCGGAACCAGCUGCGGAGCCAGAUGGCAGCACUGAGGCCAGGCCUGGCCAGGAGGAGCCCUGA